AUGUCGGUAACAAAAAAUGCUGAUGUCUGUUUGGUUUGCUCAACACCCACUACUGGAUUCCAUUUUCAGAUAAAUUCAUGUCGUGCUUGUUCUGCAUUUUGGAGGCGUAGCCAACAAGGUGAAAGAAAAUAUCGAUGUCGUAGGAAUUCAAAAAAUUGUGAAGUACAUUAUAGCAUAAAAAAUGUUUGCCGUUAUUGUAGAUUUGAAAAAUGUAAAAGAGUUGGUAUGAAAUGGAAAAAUCAGGAAAAACAUUUUAGUGAUAGUUCAGAUGGUGAGGAAAAUUCAAGUUCAAUGAAAAGUCCUUUAAGUGUUAAUUCGAUACCAUCUACUACUAUUAAACAAGAAGUAAGCUUCUCUUCUAAUGUAUCAGAUGAUACAGCUGCAACAACAAUGUCAUCAUCAUCAUCAAAUAAUAUUUUUGUAAAUGCAAUAUCAAAAUCAACAUCACUAUAUUAUACACCAUUACAAUACUUAUCAUAUGGAAUUGGAUGCUAUUUAAGUAAUAUAAAUAAAGAUUUAUCAAUAGAUAAAGUAGAAAUAACGAGAAAAUUUACCUUUCGUAAAUAUGCAUUUUUUACAGAAACUUGUUGUAAUGAAUUUUCUAAAGCAUUAGCAAUAUCACCACAAUACUGUUCAUUACCUCCAUCUGAUAAAGCAAUAAUAUUUAAAAAUGUAUGGUCUAUUAUUCAUUCUAUAGAGCGUGUUUACACAUCAAUUAAACUUUAUGGUGCACAAAAUCCAGAUAUUGUGAUAUUAUUUAAUAAUUGUCAAGCUUCUAGUGAUGAUUUUGCUUACCUCGAUGAUAAAGAAUUAUCAACUAAAGAUAAAGAAGACUUUUAUAAUCUUUUUUUACCAGCAAAUAAAUUUUUAGUUAGUUCAAUGUAUCUUCCUAUGAAAGAAUUAAAUAUAGAUGAAAUUGAAUUUUCAUUUUUAAUAGGUUAUGCAUUAUGGUCAAUUCAAGGUAUUGAACAAAUAGGAACAGAAACUAAAGAAUUAGGAAAAAAAUUAAUUCGUGCAUUAAAUAAUGAAAUUCAUUCAUAUUAUUCAUUUGCCAAAAAGAUUGAUAAUUACGCACAUAGAUUAGCAGAAAUUAUCAAUUUAUUAGCAGCAACAGUUAAAUAUCGUGAUAUGAAAAGAGAAAUAGUUUUAACAUCUAAAAUUUUUAAUGUUUUUGAUGUUUGUAAAGUUGCAGCUGAUGUUAUGAAAAGAGAUCCAAAAGGGAUGCAUGGUAUCUUUGAUGUUAUUUUUAGUUCAAAUCUGUAUAUAAAAUAG